AUGACAAACACCAUCGUUCUCAUCACAGGCGCUAACACGGGCCUUGGGUUCCAAACUGUGAAAGCCUUGUGCCAGUCUUCGCGUUCAUACACCAUCCUUCUUGGGGGCCGCAAUAUCUCAAAAGCUGAGGCUGCUGCUAAAGAAGCACAAGAGCUCGCCAGCUCACCAGAGACGCGGGUUCAACCAGUCCAAAUCGAUAUCGAAGAUGACGAGUCAAUUGCUAGCUUGUUUAACUUCAUUACCGAGAAACACGGGCGAGUGGAUAUUCUCCUCAACAACGCAGGCGCCCAAUUCGACCAACAGCUCUCCGGCGGCGAGAUUUCCAUGCGAGAUAUGUGGAACAAGAGCUGGAACGUCAAUACAACGAGCACAUUCAUACUCACCAACACCUUCGUCCCUCUGCUUCUGAAAUCCUCCGAUCCGCGUCUCCUCUUCAUCGCCAGCGGCACAGCAACGCUAACCGAGCACGAGGAUCCUGCUAUCGCACUCAACAAGUCCCCCGACAAGGGCUGGCCCAAGCCCAUGCUCGGCAUCCCAGCUUAUCGAGCCAGCAAGACGGGCCUGAACAUGAUGAUGCGCGAGUGGACGCGGCUGCUCAAAGAAGAUGGGGUCAAGACGUGGUGUGUCUCUCCGGGAUUCCUUGCCACCGGGUUGGGCUUUGGUGCGGAGAAGCUGAAAGCAAUGGGAGCCAUGGACCCUGCUAUGGGCGCAGCCUUUGUCAAGGAUGUUGUAGAGGGUCAGAGAGACGAGGACGCGGGAAAAGUCAUCAGACGCGAUGGUAUCCAACCAUGGUAG